CACGGACACAACACACAACACUCAACCAGAGGUAGCUAUGUCACGAAGACGCAAGCCCGGGGGCAACAGCCUGGACGUGGUGCAGAGGCUGCAGCAGCGGGUUUCCGAGGGAGAGUUCUAUGAGGCCCUGCAGCUGUACAAGACCUCGUACUCGAGGCUCAAGGCCCAGGGCAGGCUCGAUGAUGCGGAGGAGCUGCUAACGGCGGGCGCCAUUGCCAUGUCCAAGGAGAACGAGCUAAACGCCGCGACGGAGCUGGGGCUGCUGAUCGUGACGAGCUUCGAGGAGAACGGGCGCGAGGUGGACGAGGCGAGACUGUCACAGCUCAAGCGAGUGGCGGUUGCCAUGACCCCAGGCGUGGAGAUGUCGGAGUUCCUCAAGCGCGCCAUCAGAUGGACGAGGCACACCAAGACCGAAGCGGCCUUCGAGCUGCGGCUCAUCAUGGCACGCUCCGCGGUGACGACGGGUAACCUGGCUGAAGCAGCGAGGUACUUCGCCGUGUCCGGGUGUCCGACGGAGUAUUCCGCGCUGGUGAAGCAGUGGGCCGCGAAGGGCUACCCGGGGGAGACGGACUUGUUCAUCUGCAGGGCAGUCCUCCACACGCUGUCCUACGACAGGACGGAAGACGCUGGCGUGCUUUUGGACGCGUGCGCGUCUUGGGUGUUGGGAGAAGACGCGGCUUCUUCUCCUGGUUCGGAGGCAUCGUCCGGCGCGCAAGCGGUGCUGGAGUCACCGCUGUGGCACUUUACGCGUUUUGUCGUCGAGCUUUGUCAGGUUAAGAGCCUCGCCGGGUCCCCGUCGCAGGAGAUGGCAGCGGCGUUCAACAAGCUCAGGGAGGUGUACCGAGCUUCCCUCGAGCGGGACGUGAACCUUGACGAUCUCCUGAACCGAAUAGGCGACGUGCACUUCGGCAUCAAGCCUCCUCAGCCAGGGGGGCUGAUGGGCAUGUUGGGGCAGCUCAUGGGAGGAACGUGA